AUGAGCUUGAAACCCUCAGCAUUAGCAUCUGCUUCCUCCAAUGCAGGCAUGUCAACAUCAGCCAUUCAGCCUCUGAGCCUCAUGAGCUUCAUCCUCAUAAAUGCUCAAACCAAGUUUAAGCAUUCGGUGAAUCCUAUUGCCAAAGGUGUUUGGUCCCUCAAGGCUGAAUCCGAAAGUAAGCAGAGUAGUCUCGAACAGCAACAGAACCAAAUCCUUUACAGACUUGUCAUUCUUGUCAGCAUCAGCCCUCUUCCAAAGCUCUUCCAACAAAAACGAGAUUGGGAAUUCUUUAAGAGUGGUUGCCCCUCUUUGUUAAAUCGAUGA